AUGCUCAUUUACAUAUGCCAUGUGACAGAAAUCAGAGGAAGUCUGUUUUGGACUGUGCUGUCUGCUGUUCGCUUUUCAAUCUCAUUGCACUGUUUGCAUUGUUGCUUUCUUAUAUCAAUACCUUGGGGGCUUGCAGCAUUAUCUGUUGACAAAGCACCAGCUUACAGGCUUAUCUUUUUUGCAAGGGAAGUCAUCCGCCGUGGUCUUGCCAUUCUCCAGAGAGUAGUGCCUGGAGGAGACACAUUCAUGCAUGAAGGCUUCAGAAGGGCAAAUGAACAGAUCUACCAGGAAAAUAAUGGAGGACUCCAGACAGCAAGUGUGAUCAUAGCCCUUACUGAUGGGGAGCUGCAAGAGGCUCAGUUUUAUUAUGCAGAGAAAGAAGCUGACAGAGCAAGAAUACUUGGAGCAAUUGUCUACUGUAUUGGGGUGAAAGACUUUAAUGAAACACAGCUGUCGACCAUUGCAGACAGCAUUGAUCACGUUUUCCCCGUGGCUGGUGGAUUUUAUGCUCUCAGAGGCACCAUAGAUUCAAUUCUGAAGAAAUCGUGCAUUGAGAUAUUGGCAGCUGAACCAUCGAGCAUCUGUGCAGGAGAAUCCUACCAAGUGGUGGUGAAAGGCAAUGGCUUUUACUAUGCAAGGAAUAUUGAUCAAGUGCUCUGCAGUUUCAAGAUCAAUAAUAGUAUCAUUCUCAAUGAAAAGCCAACAAUUGUUCAAGAUACAUACUUACUUUGCCCAGCUCCAGUAAUAAAAGAUGUGGGACAGAUGAUUUUCCUGCAAGUCAGUAUGAACAAUGGGUUAACAUUUAUCACAAGCUCAGUCAGCAUUACCAGCGCAAACUGUCUUCAUGGGACCAUCCUUUUCAUUGCACUGUUGAUUCUGUUCCUGCUUUUGGCUUUAACCCUCCUUUGGUGGUUUUGGCCACUCUGCUGCACAUUGGUUAUCAAGGAACCUCCAUCUCCACCUCCUCUAGAUCUUGAAUCAGAAGAUGAAAAUGGGAUGCCAAAAAAGAAGUGGCCCACAGUAGAUGCAUCUUAUUAUGGAGGAAGAGGUGUUGGUGGGAUCAAAAGAAUGGAGGUAAAGUGGGGUGACAAAGGAUCAACAGAGGAAGGAGCAAAACUAGAGAAGCCAAAGAACGCCAUCAUCAAAUUACCAGAACAGGAAUAUGAGCCAUGGGAGCCAAAGCCAAAGAAAUACCAUCUGCAGAAGCUGCCCUCACAGAGGAUGUGGUAUUCUCCCAUAAAGGGCAAGCUGGAUGCUUUAUGGGCACUUGUUAGACGAGGCUAUGACCAAGUUUCUCUUCUGAGACCACAGCCAGGUGAUAAGGGGCGGUGCAUGCAUUUUGCACGAAUGAAACCAGAUGGAACACUCAUCUCCUAUCAGCCACCGGCGAAGUCACCGCAGCCACACAUCCUCAACAAUGCACCAAGACAUCCAUCCGUUCCAGAACCAUUCCAGCCUCCUCCCUGCAGGCAGCUCCCUCCUGGACCUCCCCCAUCAAGGCACCCACCAGGGCCACCGCCAUCUCGCCCACCACCUCAGCCUCUAAUAUAAAGUACAGAAAUGAAGAUGGUUCUAAUCCAGUUCUUGGCGGAAGACAGUACAUUCACCUUCCAUAGACAAAAUCGAUUUUGUUGCUGGGCAACAAAAAGAAAAUGCUAGUGUCAAUUUAUAUUAGUUAAUUAUAUUUAUAUUACAAUUGCCAUAUAAAAAUAUGUUACUAAGCUCAGAACUCCUUUUGCUUGAAUGCAUCAGACAUUCACGCAACUGGAAACCAAUAACUUCUGUAUUUCCCAUAGUGAAUGCAAAAUGCAGAAACAGAAGAAAAUGUUGACAGCAAAAAGAUACCUGUAUUAUUCACUGUUGUAAGUGCUGUUAAUGCCAUGGGAAAAAUCUCUUACUUCUCUGUUUUUAUUGUAUAAUAAGAUGCCGUAUGGUAGAUUCAGCCAUCAGGCUCCUCUGGUAGGUGUCCUGAGCCUCUGUUGCUUUGCGGAUUAGCUAAAACUGCAAGACUUCAGGUGAGGUUGAUGGUCCUAGGCAAAGCCUGCCAGCCCCCACUUCAGGUCAGUAACAUCCAGCUGCAAGCACAA